AUGGGGCUCACGAUCGUGACACCUGCCGGUGCUGUUGCAAGAGACCAUUUGUCCAAUGAGAGAACGAUGCUGGCAUAUUUACGAACAUCGAUGGCGUUUCUGUCGCUCGGAAUCGCCGUCAUCAAGCUUGCAAAAUAUGCCAUCAUCAAUCCUCUUCAAGAUUUAAAUUUGGACGAGUAUCCAAAAAUACUGCGCCACGACCUCUACAUUGCCUCAAAGUACUCCAAGCCAUUGGGUAUCCUGAGUCUGGUUGCGUGUCUCGUGGCGCUCGGGUGCGGCAUCGUGAGGUUCUGGACCAUGCACAAACGUCUGAUCAAGUCGCGGCCGUUCAGCAGUGGCACAAUCCCAGCCCUGUUGAUAUCUCUGUCCAUCCUUCCGGGAAAAGUCCACGGAUCGCUUGCACGUGCCGGUAAGGUUAAGUCUCAAACUCCAAAGGUCGACAAGACCGAGAAGCCAAAACAACCAAAGGGAAGAGCAUACAAGAGACUUCAAUACACCAAGAGAUUUGUCAACGUUGCCAACACUAUCGUUAGUGGUAUUAAUGAAUUUGAUACAUUAUUACAAAUAUCCAAGCAGGCGGAGACAGUAGUCGACAAAGAUUCCCAGCCAGAAAACGUGUCCGGUGUUAAUAUUUUCACGGAACCAGUAUCCGCAAUCCUUUGGAUUGUUGAGAUCCACCAGCUGAAUCAUUCUAACCAGACGAUAUGCUCCGUAUGCUGCUCCGAAGUAGAAUCCCGGGCCCAUGCCGGCGAGCACUCCGCUCAAUGUGUAGCACCCCAUUUGGGCUGCAGUAAGUCCCUUGAAGAUGGUCUUGGACUUGUCUCCCCAGGCCAAUGCUGUGGACUUGAUUCCGGCGUCGAUGUCGAACUUCUUGUCCUGGUGAGCGUAGAUGGUGUCGUAGUGCAUGCACCAGAAAAAUCCACUCAGGUAGAGCGGGAUCAUGACUGGCCAGUUCCAGACGCCCAUUGCUGGGAACCCUAA